AGGUGUCGAACUAACGCGAGAUUUCCGACAAUUUGAAAACUUGAGGUGUCUUCAACUUUGCUAGCUUCUCUGGUGUCUAGCUGUUCCAAGGUUUUGUAUAAUCAGGGGUCCUUAGGUUUAGGAUGGAAUUUCAAGGCACGGAACCAAUGACUCUGGGUUCCCCGACAUCACCCAAGCCUGGCCCGGGUGCUCAGUUUCUCCCCGGGUUUUUGAUGGGGGAUCUGCCAGCACCUAUCACACCCCAGCCUCGGUCAUUUGGGGUCAUGGAUAUGAGGUCACCACUUCAAACAGGUGGCUCUCCCCCUCAACCUGUGGUUCCUACACCCAAAGACAAGAGUGGGGCCCCUCCAGUCAGGAGUAUCUAUGAUGACCUCUCCUGCCCUGCUGUCGGCAUGUCCCCUAUGGGUGCACAUAAACAGCCCUUCUCAAUGAUGCACACCCCGCUGUCUGGCUAUAUGGCAGUUACACCAGGAACAGCGUCCAGUCUAUUUAGUCCUGCUACCAUCGGGCAGCAGGCCAAGUCAACGAUGUCUCCAGCUCAAGUAGACCCUUUCUUCACUCAGGGAGACGCACUGUCUUCUGAAGACCAUCUAGAUGAUACUUGGAUCACUGUAUUUGGGUUCCCUCCGGCCUCCGCGUCUUACAUUCUGUUGCAGUUCGCCCAGUAUGGAAACAUAACGAAACACGUGAUGUCCAACACCGGUAACUGGAUGCACAUUCAAUAUCAGUCUAGACUCCAAGCAAGAAAAGCUUUAAGUAAAGAUGGGAAGAUUUUUGGAGAGGCUAUAAUGAUUGGUGUUAAACCAUGCAUCGAUAAGAAUGUGAUGGACUCAGACCGAGGCUCGACCUCUUCUGGCUCAGUAUUUACUCCUCCUGUCAGAAAUGGAACCCCCAGCCACCAUGUCUCUACACCUCGCUCCUCAAUGAGGCCCCUCAGUGCAGCCUACAAGGCCUCCAGCAGUGACUACCAGGUGGUGGCCGACGAACAGACCCCGAGGAAAGACGACAGUUUGGUUUCUAAAGCGAUGGAGUACAUGUUUAGCUGGUGAGACGUUCUCCUCCGAUUGGCCGAGCGCCUUUUUAUAUUAUAAAAACUGAAUAAACCGACAGCAGCCGUCAUCACCGUGUUGUGGAGGUGUGUCCUAAAAUGGUACCCUAAUAGCCCAAUUGACCCUGGUCAAAAGUAGUGCACUACAUAGGGAAUAGGGUACCAUUUGGGGAUCAGGUGUGUUAGUGAUUUGGGGGGAACCAAGCCAAUGUGGAUUUCCUCAACCCUGCGACGACCAUACAAGAUGUGGUGAUUUGAAUGGACAGGAUUUUGACUAGACGAACACCGUAUAUUGUAUGUUGACGUUGAAUGAAGUGUUUUUUUGUUGUUGUUGUUGCGUGCAGACGUCACGGUGCUGACCCGACAAAUGCAGACCUACACUGGUCUUCUUUAGUUACAAAGUCUUAUUUGCUACUUCUCCUCUCGAGGAGAAUUUUAAAGGCUCUUUCAUAUGAGUUGAUGCCGAAUGAAUCCCACAUAAUCAAGACAUAUUUCCCAAAUGUCCCUAUUUCCUAUUUUAGUGUACUACUUUUGAGCAGGGUCCAUAAGGGUCUGUAGGGAAUAGGGGUGCCAUUUUGGAUGCCCACAUUUCCUGUCUUCAGUAUCUUAACUAAGUGCUGCUUUGACAGUUGGAAGUCAAGGUUGCACAUCAGUAUCCUCCUGUUUGAUUAGAGUGAGAGAGUACAGGUUUAUUUUUAUUUUUUUCCCCCUAAGUGGUUCAAUAGUAAACAACGGUAAAUAUAACAGGAUCAGAGUUAAGAAUUGUGAUUUAAUAAGAAAUGCCUUUUUGUGUGCUGUCAAACAUUUAGUGUUUUUUUUUUAUUUUUUAAAGAUGAUCUCACAAAACUGUCGGUGUAUCAAAUGUCUUGUCUUAUAUCCAUUUAAAACUAUUUGUCUGUUUCUACUGUCUACUGUUUCGACUGUCUACUAUUUCGACUGUCUCUUCUUACUAUUUCUACUGUCACCUGUCUCUGCUCUCUACUAUGUCUGCUGUUUCUACUGUCUCUGUCACUUGCUUACUAUUUUUGUCAAAUAAAUGUCACAUCAUUUGAAUACCA